AUGGACCGUCUACGGCGAUCCAUUCGACAGUCAUUUCGUAGAGGAGGACGGCGUAGCCCUGAAAGUAGCACGCCUUCAGAACUUGUCACAACAUCAAAUGGCGCAGGUGGUCACAAACAGGAGCAGUGGCAACCUGAUGAAGCUGCUGUACGAGCUGGGUUAUGUCACUUCACUGUCAAGUAUUUGGGAGCAGUGGAGGUUUACGAAUCUCGUGAUAACCCAAACCACUGUUGCCGAAGUUGUCGCGCCUUCGCUGGACGAGAGUGA